AUGGGGACUUAUGAAAGACUCCACUCACACGCCAGCAAGCCCAACGGGUCGUCUAACACCAGAAUGGCGACAAAUCCCGAUGAAAUCCAGGCUGCCAUGAGAUCCGGCGAUACGAAACCCUUAUCCGAUACAACCUGGGAGCACGUGAGAUAACUGUACACACCAAAAUCUAGCUUAAAUAUCAUAUUAUAGCCAAGAUUAAUCGUUUCUGAUUAGCAUGUUGUUGUUAUUGUUACUGCAGUGUUUAUAUGUGAAAUGUUAUUCACCUUGUACCAUACAUGAUAUCCUCACCUGCUUAUGAUACAGGCAAGCUUACCAUCCUUAAGAAACAAAGGCGAAGCACUAAGGCGAAGCAGGGACCCAUAGUUAAACCACAAAACAGGGUCUCCACCACCCGAGGUACUGCGCAGCGCCCUGGAUACUUCCUGUGGCGCCUUUAAAGAAGGCCCGCUCCAAGUACUACCAGUACCCCUGAGCGAGUUACCCCAGUUUUAACUACCCACUUAUAUACUCAGCGAAAAACGCUACCAUACCCCCCCUAACGUUCUGACACAUCUGUAAAUGUGACAAUAUGAGAGCCCAUUGGCCACACUACCAGAGACGCAACCCGAGCGUCCAACCCCCAUGGCACUGAGCCUCAGGGCCAGGACCCCAAGUUGGGUCACUCUGUAUAUACUUUUUUUUACGUUAACCCCCAACACCCUCCCUACACUACCCAUAACUCCCAGGCUCCAAGUCACCGCUCUAAGACUGCCCAACAGGCAGCACGUUGAUCUAACACUAUCUACCAAGUUGCCCACUGUGGAAAUAACAAGCCCACAAACGAGCUAUCUCUACCAUACAUCUAUAACAUGAGAAUAUAUUCACAUAACAGUAGGGGGUUGAAUACACCCCACAAAAGACGCAUGGUACUGGAGGAGGCUAGAAAGAAUAAAGCAGAUAUCAUCUGCCUUCAAGAAACACACUUUGUCACCUCCAAGGUGCCAACAUUUGGUAUGAAGGACUAUCCCCACCAAUACCAUGCCACCCACUCCUCAAAGUCGAAAGGAGUAUCGAUCCUUCUUCACGCUUCACUAACUGUAGAAAUCUUACGAGUUAAAACAGACAGCCAGGGGAGAUAUGUGAUGCUUCAGUGCCUACUUAAUGGUUCCCCGUACGUUGUAAUUAGCUUCUACAGUCCAAACGUGCAUCAACGUAAUUUUCUGCAUAAGGUAUUAUCUAUGAUCCCAGACCACCAAACGGCUGCUACCAUACUAUGCGGGGACCUGAACCAUCCUUUAGAUCCCAAUAUGGACACCACGCUAAAUCCCACAGCCCCUAGACAGGCAACACUACGACCACAAAGCAAAGCCCUAAAUAAACUGCUGGGGGAAUACGGACUAUAUGACUCAUGGAGAAUGUACCACCCGACCGAAAAAUCUUUCUCAUACUAUUCGGCAGUACAUAAAUCCCACUCGAGAAUAGAUUUCAUUUUUAUUGCAGGCACCCUCUUACCUAAGGUCACUGAUAGCAACAUUGGGGACAUCACCUGGUCGGAUCAUGCCCCGACCAUGGUAGAAAUAUCUGGAGAAUACCAGCACAGGGGGCGGCCACCUUGGCGCCUAAACGACUCACUCCUCCACGACCACACCUUUUCUCAAACACUAACGGAUGCCCUGUGCACAUACUUCCAAAUAAAUGACACCCCAGACAUACACCCAACAACACUAUGGCAAGCCCAUAAGGCGGUAAUACGAGGCUUAUUGAUCAGUCGAGCGUCCUAUGUAAAGAAAAAAGCCCAAGAGGAAUACCUGAAUCUGCUGCGCACCCUAAGAGAUGCUACUGCGGCAAACAUAAUGAACCCUACCCCGCAACAAGCACAGAUAAUCAAAGACACCACAGCACACCUCAACAACAUAGCACUAGCAAAAACUGCACACAUCCUACACAAACUAAAACAAACUUCAUACUCCCAAGGCAACAGAGCAGGUAAACACCUGGCAACCUUACUGAGACAAAAACAAUCCAACGCCAAAAUACCCUAUUACUUACAAACAAAGGAACUAAAAUCCACAAUCCACAGGACAUUAACGAUACUAUGGCGACAUACUACCACUCACUAUACAACCUCAAGGACGAUCCAGACUUACACCAACCCACCCCCUCAGACAUACAAGACUUCCUCCGGCAAACCACACUACCGGCACUUUCAGCUCAACAAAAAACAACUUUACAAAACCCAGUCACGACACAAGAAAUCCAACAUGCCAUCCAAUCUCUCCCUCACGGGAAGUCGCCAGGACCUGACGGCUUGA